AUGUAUGGACAAAAUUGCGGUUAUCGCGGCACGCAUCCUCAGCCCACUGAUUCCUCUCCACCCUCCACGGUGAUGGUCAGCGAGCUGGUGGCGUGGGGGGUGGACCUGUUCAGCGAGGACUGGCUCCGGCAGAGCGGCUGGGAGCCCUCGCACGAGACCAUCCUGCUCAUCCACGGGUACGCCGGCGGAGACGACACGCUGCCCAUCGCGGUGCUCAGAGAUGCGUACCUCCGCCGCGGCGGCUACAACGUCCUAAUGCUGGACUGGGGCUCCCUCUGCCAGCCGCCGUGCUACGUGGCAGCUGUUCACAACCUGCGGCCAGUCGCGCGGUGCGUGGCCGAAGCCCUAGGCUCGCUGCGGCGCGCCGGCCUCCGCCCCGACCGCCUGACGUGCGUCGGCCACUCGUUGGGCGCCCACUUGUGCGGGAUACUCGCUAACUAUCUCACCUUCAGGCUUAAUAGGAUUAUAGGGUUGGACCCCGCCCGGCCUCUGAUCCGGUCGGCGCCCGCUCUUCGCCUGGACCCGGGUGACGCGCGCGCGGUGCACGUGCUCCACACCAACGCCGGCCGCUACGGCGAGGCGGCGCGCCUGGGACACGCCGACUUCUGCCUCAACGGCGGCCGCAGCCAGCCCUACUGCGAGGACACGCCCAGUGAGUCACCAGGGUUCUGCGGCCGCUACGGCGAGGCGGCGCGCCUGGGACACGCCGACUUCUGCCUCAACGGCGGCCGCAGCCAGCCCUACUGCGAGGACACGCCCACAAGGUUCUGCGGCCGCUACGGCGAGGCGGCGCGCCUGGGACACGCCGACUUUUGCCUUAAUGGCGGCCGCAGCCAGCCCUACUGCGAGGACACGCCCACAAGGUUCUGCGGCCGCUACGGCGAGGCGGCGCGCCUGGGACACGCCGACUUCUGCCUCAACGGCGGCCGCAGCCAGCCCUACUGCGAGGACACGCCCAUGAACAGCAAGCAAGUGUGCAGCCCGGAAGCAUUACCUCAAUUCGAUCGUGGCUAG